AUGUCUCUACUCCUCAGUUCGCCGGCUGACAGCAGCUAUCAGGAGACACGACACUAUCAGUCCGGCCAGCGCUGGACCUACCAGGAGAUGAGGCAGAAGCCCGCUCCUCGCGACACCUUCUUCAGCCUCAGGAAUGAAGCCCAAGACCUGCGUCCAGUCUCGGUAGCCACCGAGUUCGUCGACACAGAUUGGGAUGAGGAAACUUUCAGUGAGCCAGAGGAUAACUCGCCCCGGGUUAGUCUGCAGUCGUCGGGACAGCCUAGUAUCACAACUCUAUCUUCGUUUGAGGAGGCCAUCACCCCCAGGUCAAGCCAAGAUGUCAAUCAGACGCAGUACACGUCGACGGCAAAACGCCAGGUCGAGGGCCCUCGGGGCCCUCACCUGUUCCGCAACUCGGCUGAGCAGGUCUCGGCUGACGGCGACAUCACCCUGACUCUCUCUCCCAUCACACCCAAGACUCCUCGGGAUCUCCCCGACCUGUGGUACCAGUCCGAACUGCAGCCUCCCGUACCGGACCUGCCCUCUCAAUGUAACACCCCCUUUCAAUUCAGCUCUGCCGAGCUCGAUGUCGCGCAGCUGGUCAUGUGGACGCCUGAGAUGGUGGCUCAGUCCAUGCUCGAAGCAGGCCUCGAGCCCUCCGUCGCCGCUCGCUUCAUCGAGAACGACAUCAACGGCCCCAUCCUCUCGACGCUCAAGUUCGAGGACCUCCGCGAGCUCGGCAUCUCGUCCUUUGGCAUUCGCAUAAGGGUGUGGAACCAGAUCCAGGUCCUGCGCGACAGCCAUGCCGCCUCUCCCCGGGCACCCACGCCGAUCGAGGAGGCUCCCAGCCGCGAGGCGCGAUCGGAGGAACGACGCCACAACCGCGGCCCUUCGCGGUCCUCCAGCGCCCACAGGCGGACGCGCAAGAAGUCUUCGGCCAGCUCUACCUCCCACGGCUCCCACGAGGCCAACGCCAUCACCCCGGGCGAGUCGGUGUCCAUCAUUGGUAUCGAACAGGUCAUCCCCAAGCCCCACAUAUGCUCCAAGGGCAUCAAGUGCUCCAAGUGGAGGAAGCAGGUCCGCCUGAUCGAGCAGUUCAAGCAGAUGAACCCCGGCCUCGACAUCACCAACAACAACGGGGGCACCGUCCUCAUCGCCGGCGACGCGGGUAACCCCGAGACGGCCAGGGCCAUCAACCCCGACGAGCCCUUCCGGCCCAUGUCCGACGCCGAACCUUCGGUCGUCGCCUCUUCGGACAUCAUGGGCCCCGGAAACAUGCCCGGUCCUAUGCAGUACCUCAAGGAGAACAACCUCCGCUCCGUCCAGAACAGGGACCCCCAGGACAACGUCAUCCGCUUCCUUCAGUUCCAGGACCACGGCGCCAACGAGUUCCCCCCUACGCCUCCCUUUGAGCAGCCCGAUGCCCCUUAUUCGCAGCAGCCUCACCAGGGCCUGCGCCGUCUUCCCAGGCUGGCCAUCCCGGGAACGAACACGUCGCAGGCGGUUACCAACUCGGCCCUUCCCAGGGCCUCGACCAUGCCGAUACGCCAGCAGCAGCAGCAGCAGCAGCAGCAGCAGCACCGUCGUGCCAGCUACCAGCAGAUGGCUAGGGCGGACGCGCGCUCCCCCGAACUGGACACUCCCCCGUCUGCCAAGAAACCGCAGGCUAGCCCUGACCGCUAUGGGACCCCCUUCUCCGAGGUGGACGUUCCCGUGACGGCCGUGCCUAUCGGUCCUGUCGCGCGCGACGCAUCCCAGUCGGUGCCGCCCAGCAUGAACUACUACUACCACGCCGACAUCGCGGCGUCCAGGAGCAUUCCCCUGAGCACGACGCCCGCACCCCGUGCUCCCUCGCGCCUGGCCCGCACCCCCGGCAUGCCCUCUGUGGAGGAGCACGCCAGGCCGCAGACGACGUCGCCAGAAGAUGCGCGCAGGACGUCACCGCAGCUCCUGAGUCAGCCUCAGCGCGCGCCUCCGCGCGGCGUCUACCCCUGGUCACCCGUUGAGCGCACCAACUUUGAGAUGGCCAUCCCGCCUCUGCCCUCCAUGAAUGACGGCUCGUCAGGCUCGUCGACGACGGUCAACAUCAACGGUGUCACGCAUCAGGGCCCCAUGAAGCGACGCAAGGCCAAGCUUCUCCGCCACGAGUGGGAGGAUGGCUACUUUACCCUCAAGGGUACGAGGCUCAACAUGCACAAAGACAAGAACCGCGUCGACCGCACCCUCGAGUACGUCGACAUUGAUGAUUACGCCAUUGCCUGCUCCAGCUUGGCCUCAUCAUCCAAGCUCUCUGCCGCUUUCAAGGCUAUGCGCAACUCAUCUUCCACACACCUCCGUGACAGAAGCGACCCUGUCGGUGCCUUUCAGUUCCAGCUCAUUCCGCAGGAGAAGGGAUCCAACGGCCAAGGUGGCAACACCACCACGUCCCGCCUACGCAAGCGUGAGAGCGCCAGCCCUGCCACGCAGUCGUCGUCCUCUAUCCAGGUGGAGGGUGUCAACGGCACGGGCAAGACUCAUCACUUUGCCGUCAAGAGCCGUGAUGACCGCAUCGACUGGAUGCGCGAGCUCAUGCUCGCCAAGGCUCUCAAGCAAAAGGGUGAGGGAUUCGAGGUCAGCGUCAACGGGAAUAUGAUUUAG